UCUGAACAGUUGAAGCGCACGCUCAGCGGCGACAGCAUCGUAUCAAGAUUAUUCUCAAUAAAAAUAGAAAAACGGGGUGUUAAGCGGCCACUGAUAACAACUGAGUCCCAUAUAGAGAUAUACAAACCGUUCAGUACGAUUCCGACAUUACGCGAGUGAACAACACACAACGGCCAACAAAUUGGAUUAAUUUCGACCUGUGUCAAGUGCCUGAACCAGUUAGCAAACAGGAUACAUUAGCUUAAUUAAUUAAUUGAGCCAUUAAUCCAACGGUACCCAAAGAUGUUCGCCUGGCAAUUCAGCUCUCUGAUCCUGCUGCUCCUGGCAGCGAUGGCCAGCGCAGUUCCAGCUCCCCAGCAGCAGGAUGUUCCCCAUAAUCUGCUGGACAUCGAGACGCCCAAUCAGUUCAGCUACAACUCGCCGCUGGCAAACCGGGAUAGCCUCCAGUCCAAGCCAUACUUUGACUUCCUGAGCACACUCUACGCCCACGAUUCGGCCAAAUCGAAUCUGUUCCGGCCAUACAGCGGCCGGCAGCGUCGGGAUGCUGAGCCUGUGGCUGCUGUGGAAGCCAAGAAGCUGGAUCGUCCGCGCCGGGCCAUCGUCUUCCGGCCCCUGUUCGUGUACAAGCAGCAGGAGAUCCGCAAGCAGGAGAUCAAGGACAGGAAUGCCCAGAGGCGUCACGAUCUGAACCGCCUUCAUCGCCUGUAGUCCUGCUCAAUGCACAACCUCCAGUGCCAACCCGGGAUGUUGGCCAUCUACAGGGUCCUCUAGCACUUAGCCUACACUGUGUCCUAGCCUUAAGUAAUGCACUGCAGCACGACAAGAGAGCACUCAUCGCUAUAUUAUAUAUAUAUAUCUGUAUACUCCAUUCGCACCGCCUCACCACCACCCACAUCCUCGUAGCCGUAAGUCCCCAGAUGUUUGUUAUGCAAUUUGUUAUCGCGACGUUUGAUUAAAGCUAACAAAACUGAUUUUGAUA